CAUAGUUUUAUUUCGAAAUUCAACAAUCACACUUACAAAUAAAGGAUCAGAGAUGAAACUGUUUCUCCUUAUCACCACUUUCUUUGGCGUGGCCUUCGCCAGUCCCGUGAGUCAGAUUGGCAUUGGACCUGCUGUCAUCGGAGAGGAAAGCCACGUUGAUCCUGCUAUCAAUGAUAAAACUAGCCCUAUCGCACCUAGAGCCAGCGACGUCACUCAAACCAGAACUGUAAGCAAUGAUGUAGCCGUUUAUGGGGAUUUGAUCCAGUACAUCACACACAUGAACGGAGUAACCAAUUACGGACAAGAAAUUAACUUCGAUGAAAACAGCCCAAUUUCAGUUGGCCCAGCUAACAUUGAUGGAACUGUUAGUCCUACCUCAAAUGUAUUCAGAGACGUAACUCAAACUAGCACCUUGAGUAAUAGUGGAGCCAUUUAUGGAGAACUCACUCAGUACAUCAUACACGUCAACGGAUUAACCAACAAUGCAAGAGCAAUGAACCUGGAUGAAAACAGCCCAAUUUCAGAUGGACCCGCAAUCGUUGAUGACAAUUCCCCUAUCUCAGUUGGCCCUGCUAACAUUGAUGAAAAUAGCAUUUCGAUUGGACCUGCUAUCAUUGAAGAAGAAAACCCCGUUCACGUUGGUCCUGCCUUAGUUAAACCACCAAUCUCAGUUGGGCCUGCUGUCAUCGAAGAAGAAAGCCCUGUUCAUAUUGGACCUGCUAUAAUUGACUCACCAAUCUCCGUUGGACCUGCUAUUAUCGAAGAAGAAAGCCCUGUUCAUGUUGGACCUGCUAUAAUUGAACCACCAAUCUCAGUUGGACCUGCUAUCAUCGAAGAAGAAAGCCCUGUUCAUGUUGGACCUGCUAUAAUUGAACCACCAAUCUCAGUUGGACCUGCUAUCAUCGAAGAAGAAAGCCCUGUUCAUGUUGGACCUGCUAUAAUUGAACCACCAAUCUCAGUUGGACCUGCUAUCAUCGAAGAAGGAAACCCUGUUCAAGUUGGACCUGCUAUCAUCGAUGAGAACAAACCUAUUCAAGUCGGCCCCGUGGUUAUUGAUGAAAACAGCCCAAUUUCAGUUGGCCCUGCCAUCAUUGAUGAAACUAGCCCCAUAUCAGUUGGCCCCGCAAUUGUUGACGAAACUGGCCCUGUAUCUAGUGAUGGAGUAGUUGGACGUUCUCUCUUCCAGUUCAUCAUAAAUGUCAGCGAGUUAACCAUCAAUCAAGUUAUUAACCAAAUAGCAAAUAUUGGUAACGAGAUCUCGGUAAACGGUAUCGAUAAACCCGGAAAAUCCGAAAGACCCUAA